GAGGAGGUUGUCUUCAAGACGCGGGAAUAAAGGAGAGGAGAAGCCCAUGUGAGAAGUCAUGUGACGAAGGUUGGCUACGUAUCCAGCUCCUUGGGUGAGCUGGUAGAGACACAUCCUUACGUGUGAUGAUCCAGUUGGGCUACACUGGUGAAAUCAAGAAACAAGCAUUCGUUUGUCUUAACUGAUGAGUGGGGAUGUUCAAAUGGAAUGACUUACCUUGCACGAAAAUGGACUACGAGCAGAGGCUCAAAGCAGCGGCCCACUUCAUCAUCUCGAAUGACCGCAGCCGAAUGGAAGAAGAUUUGAACUGUACAGAUUUGGGUAUCUCUGCUACGUUGAAACCCCACCAGGUCGAAGGAGUUUCUUGGCUUAUCAGGAGAUUCACCCUCGGAGUCAACGUCAUCCUCGGAGACGAGAUGGGCCUCGGGAAGACUCUGCAAGCCAUCUCUUUCUUGAGUUAUUUGAAGGUCCACCAGAUGUCCCCUGGGCCAUUCUUGGUAUUAUGUCCACUCAGUGUGACAGAUGGUUGGAUGUCUGAAUUCACCAACUUCUGUCCAACUUUGAGGGUUCUUAGGUAUGUUGGCGAUAAGGGACUCCGCUGCGAUAUAAGGAGGACAAUAUAUGAGCAUGUAAAGCAACAAUUGCCAUCAUCUGAUGUAAAAUCUGCUUUACCAUUUGACGUGUUGUUGACAACUUAUGACAUAGCAUUGUUGGAUCAAGAUUUUCUUUGUCAAAUUCCGUAGCACUAUGCAGUAAUUGAUGAAGCUCAACGGCUUAAAAAUCCUUCCAGUGUUUUAUACAAUGUACUUGAGCAAUGUUUUCUCAUGCCAAGACGGUUAUUGAUGACAGGAACUCCUAUCCAAAAUAACCUUUCUGAGCUUUGGGCUUUGAUGCAUUUUUGCAUGCCGUCAAUCUUUGGGACAUUAGAACAGUUUAUUUCCACAUUCAAGGAAGCUGGAAUUUCUUCAGCAGGUCAUGAUGCAGCUAAAGUUAAGGAACAGUUCAAAAUUUUAAAAUAUAUAUUGAGAGCAUUUAUGCUUCGGCGAACAAAAUCAAUGCUCAUUGAGAGGGGAACUCUCAUGCUACCAGCUCUUACAGAGAUUACCGUGAUGUCUCCACUAGUUCCCCUGCAAAAGAAAGUCUAUAUGUCAAUAUUGAGGAGAGAACUUCCUGCACUUCUUGCAUUAUCCUCGGGAGCAUCAAGUCAUCAGUCAUUACAGAAUAUGGUAAUACAGCUUCGAAAGGCAUGCAGCCACCCUUACCUUUUCAAUGGUAUUGAGCCUGAACCUUAUGAAGAAGGCGAACACCUGGUUCAGGCUAGCGGGAAACUAAUUGUUUUGGACCAGCUACUUCAGAAGCUCCAUUCUGCAGGGCACCGUGUUCUUCUUUUUGCUCAGAUGACACAUACACUUGACAUUCUUCAAGAUUUUCUAGAGUUACGCAAGUACACUUAUGAGCGUCUUGAUGGAUCUAUUCGGGCAGAGGAGAGGUUUGCUGCAAUAAGAAGUUUCAGCCAGCAACUAGUUAAAGGCACGUCAAAAACUCAGGCUAAUCAACAUGGUGCAUUUGUCUUUAUGAUUUCAACUCGAGCAGGAGGAGUUGGUCUGAAUCUUGUUGCUGCUGAUACUGUCAUAUUUUAUGAGCAAGAUUGGAAUCCUCAGGUAGAUAAGCAAGCCCUGCAGCGAGCCCACCGCAUUGGACAAAUGAAUCAUGUCCUGUCUAUAAACCUAGUGUCAGCACAUACUGUGGAGGAGGUUAUCAUGCGAAGAGCAGAGAGGAAAUUGCAUCUAAGUCGUAAUGCGGUUGGAGAGGAUGAUACUCAUGGGGAAGGGAAAGAAGCAGGAGCUGAAGCUGGUGACUUGCGAUCUCUUAUAUUUGGGUUACAUAUGCUUGACCCCACAGAUAUCGAUGAAAGCUCAGGUGGAGUGAAUAUGGUGGAACUGAAUGCAAUGGCUGAAAAGGUAAUUGAAAUGCGCACUCAUGAACCAUCAGACAGGGGUGAUGAAAAUGACCGGAAAUUUGAGAUUAAUCCGAAGGAUUUGUUGAAUAGAGAUGAUAUAUCCGCAAAAAGCAGUUCUAUGUCAGUUAGUUUUGAUCCUGGUCUUGAUGAGGCUUCAUAUCUGUCAUGGAUUGGAAAGUUAAAAGAAGCAUCACAAUCAAUUGAAGCUUCCACUGUGGAGUUGGGAAGGAAAAGAAACCCAUCUGAAACAAGGCAUCAUAAACAUGAAGCUGACCAGAAGAAGGCAGAGGAGAAGAAGUUGAAGUGGGAAGCUCUUGGUUACCAGUCAUUAGCCAUCAAAGACCCUGUUUGGGUCAUGGAUGGUGACAUAAUGUCAGAUUCAGGAUCUGUGGAAUUCGUUUAUGGAGAUUGUACAAAACCAACAAAAGUUUGCCCAUCUGAACUGACCAUAAUUUUCAGUUGUAUUGAUAACUGUGGGAAUUGGGGUCGUGGAGGAAUGUUUGAUGCACUAGCCAAUCUUUCUGCGAGCAUCCCAGAUGCAUAUCAGCGGGCUUUUGAAUGUGGGGACCUUCACCUGGGUGACUUACAUCUUGUAAAAAUCAAUGAGGUCAAUGGUGAAAAUAACACGGAUGGAAAUACUCCACAGUGGGUGGCUCUAGCCAUUGUACAAUCAUACAACCCUCGCCGUAAGGUUCCUCGUAGCAAUAUCUCUUUACCAGAUUUGGAACAAUGCUUACUGAAGGCAUCUUUCUCAGCUGCUCAGAACUCUGCAUCAAUUCAUAUGCCAAGAAUAGGCUAUCAGGAUGGCAGUGACCGUUCAAACUGGUACGUGGUAGAACGCCUUCUGCGAAAAUAUGUGUCCAUCUAUGGCAUAAAGAUUUUUGUGUACUAUUUCAGACGCCCAUCUUAAAGAGAGAAGAUGUUGGUAUGUAUGGUUAAAAUAUCAACAUAAGAAAGCAUGUUCUUGAAAUUGUAUGUAUAAAAACUUCAAUAUAGGAUGCAUUUUCGGAGUAUGGUGUGGAUGAAUCCUGUUAGGUUGAGCACUGAAGGCUGUUUUUGAUGCAGUAUUGAGCAUUGAAUUGAAUUUGCAGUUAUUUGUCUAGUAGAGCUGAAAUUACCAAAUUGUAAUUUCCUCUGAUAGCAUUCAUGCUGAAGUUGCAAUUACAUUAUUUUUCAAGUUGGACA